ACACUGCCCUGGCUGCCAAGGGUGAGGGAAGUUCCGUUGAAGUCACCUUACAAAGAAGGAAUCCAUUUGGGCUCCUUAGGACCUUGAAAAACCGCUUCUGGCAGAGAGACAGAGACUCUGAAGAGUCAAACCAUAAAACGGGAUGGAAUGGAUUUUCCCAGAUGGCCGGGAGAAGCAACAGAGGUGCUACGCUUUCCAAGUUUAGUUGUCGGUUGGACACAAGUUUGGCAGGCAAGCCGGGCCACGGCGCUUGGAAACAUGAGACCAUGGAAAGGUGCCAUUUUGGGAGACAUUCAAGAGUCCAUCUCUCCCCCUGUUGGCUGUGGGGUCUCUGGGGAGAUCUCUACUUCUGGAUAAGGACAUCACGUACUUAAAAUGCAAAUUCCUUGGAGCAAAAUUCACCGGACCGUUCUAGCAAACUAGAGUGUACCAUGAAGGCAGUUGGGGUCCUGUGUUCUUGGAAACUGAUUUCACUGCUCCAUUUAGCUGCGCACGCAGCCGAACAUGAGGAUGUAGCCAAGCACGCGAUAAAGCUGCAUCGUGGGAAAGGGGCCGCCAUAACUCAGAGAAAACAGUGGGCCCUCAACAACUGCAGAAAGCUAUCUGGGCUUCUCCGCCAGAAGAACGUGGUUCUCAACAAGCUGAAAAACGCCAUGAGAGCGGUGGAAAAGGACUUCGGACUGUCGGCCGAAGAGAAGCUCUUCCAGGUGCACACGUUCGAAAUCUUCCAGAAGGAGCUGAACGAAAGCGAAAAUUCGGUCUUCCAGGCGAUCCACGGACUUCAGAGAGCCCUGCAAGGCGAUUACAAGGAUGUCGUGAACAUGAAAGAGAGUAGUAGGCAGCGACUGGAAGCUUUGCGAGAAGCGGCCAUCAAGGAAGAGACAGAAUACGUGCAACUCCUGGCAGCCGAGAAGCAUCAAGUCGAAGCCCUGAAAAACAUGCAGCAUCAAAACAAAAGUCUGUCCAUCCUCGAUGAAAUUCUAGAAGAUGUAAGAAAGGCGGCAGAUCGGCUCGAGGAAGAAAUAGAGGAACAUGCUUUUGAUGACAACAAAUCCGUGAGAGGUGUCAACUUUGAGGCCGUGUUGAGGGUAGAAGAAGAGGAGGCUGAUUCCAAACGAAAUAUAUCCAAACGAGAAAUAGAGGACGACUUGGGGCUUAGCAUGCUUAUUGACUCGCAGAACAAUCAAUACAUACUGACCAAGCCCAGAGACGCAACAAUCCCUCGUGCCGAUCACCAUUUUAUCAAGGACAUUGUAACCAUAGGUAUGUUGUCACUACCUUGUGGUUGGCUCUGCACACUGAUAGGGUUGCCAACAAUGUUCGGGUACAUUAUUUGUGGAGUGCUUUUGGGACCUUCGGGAUUAAACAGCAUUAAGUCCAUGGUACAGGUGGAGACGUUAGGAGAAUUUGGUGUGUUCUUCACUCUUUUUCUAGUUGGCUUGGAGUUCUCCCCGGAAAAGCUGAGAAAGGUGUGGAAGAUCUCUUUGCAAGGACCCUGUUACAUGACCUUCCUGAUGAUUGCUUUUGGCUUAUUGUGGGGACACCUACUUCAGAUCAGACCAACGCAGAGUGUCUUUAUUUCCACCUGCUUAUCCUUAUCAAGUACACCUUUGGUGUCCAGAUUUCUUGUCGGUAGUGCCCGAGGAGAUAAAGAAGGUGAUAUUGACUACAGCAGUGUACUCCUCGGCAUGCUGGUGAUGCAAGAUGUACAACUGGGAUUAUUCAUAGCUGUAAUGCCAACUCUGAUUCAAGCAGGAGCCGGUACAUAUUCCAGCAUUGUCAUGGAAAUGCUGAGAAUAUUUAUACUGAUUGGUCAAAUUCUCUUUUCUCUGGCUGCUGUCUUUCUCCUAUGUCUUGUUAUAAAGACUUACCUCAUAGGGCCAUAUUACCGCAAGCUGCAUAUGGAGAGCAAAGGGAGUAAAGAAAUCCUUGUCCUGGGAAUCUCUGCUUUCAUCUUCCUUAUGUUAACGAUCACAGAACUUUUGGAUGUUUCCAUGGAAUUGGGAUGCUUCUUGGCUGGUGCCCUGAUCUCUUCUCAGGGUCACAUGGUCACUGAAGAGAUUAUGUCCUGCAUUGAGCCUAUACGUGACUUCCUUGCCAUAAUUUUCUUUGCUUCUAUAGGACUCCAUGUUUUCCCGACCUUUGUAAUAUACGAGCUCACUGUCUUGUUGUUCCUUACCUUGUCGGUGGUAAUAAUGAAGUUUAUUUUGGCAGUCCUCGUCCUGUCCCUCAUUCUGCCAAAGAGCUGCCAGUACAUCAAAUGGAUAGUUUCAGCGGGGCUGGCACAAGUCAGCGAGUUUUCCUUUGUUCUGGGAAGCAGAGCCCGAAGAGCAGGGAUCAUUUCUCGAGAGGUGUACCUCCUCAUAUUGAGUGUGACAACCUUGAGUCUUUUACUUGCCCCAGUUUUGUGGAGAGCUGCAAUUACAAAAUGCAUGCCAAAGCCAGAGAGACGAUCCAGCACCUGACAACAAAAUUCUUCGCCUAGAAUUAAAACAUUUCCUUGUCCAGGCUGCCUUUGUUGCUUGGUGUAUUUCUAGGAAGGUAGAAAGCAGAAAAGUCUGUGUGAGUCCUCUAAACAUGCGUGCUUAUGAGCUUGAUGUAUUAACAAAACAGCAAACACGAUGUUGAAAAGGUUAGUGUUUCUAUGUUGGCCCAGAUUUUACAAAUACACUUUGUCAUCUUUUAGAAUCUCCCAGGUAACUCUUGUUUCAAUUCCAUUCGUCAUACACAGUAGAAAUGUUUCUUCGGAUUUUGUGUCAUGCAAAUCGGCUUGACUAUUUUGCCCUUAUGUGCCUUCUGAACGAAUUGGUUUCAUCCUUUUACUCAUCAAAAUUCCUGUUGUACAAACAUUAUUAUUUAAUGGUGCCUGUGGUACCUUGUUAAAAUGUCCAAUUUAAUGGUAUAACUUGAGAAUUGUAAUCCGUUGAUCAAACAUGUCAAAAAGCUUAUUUCGGUAAUACAGAAAUUUGAGCCAGUAGCUUUUCACCUAUUUAAGUUAUUAAAAUAGUUGUAAAUUCUCGAGUCACGAAAUGCAGAAAGUAUUUCAUUGGACUUGUCUUUUCUUUUUCAUGUAUUUAUUUAGGAUCAAAGCAGCGUAAUGCAAAUUCUUUAAGGAUACGCUAUUCUGAUUCCAACAGUGCUAAUUUGCUACAUCACACAUUGACUACAUUCCUCAGAAAGAUUUCACUAAACUCAGGAUGUGAAUCCAUCGCCGCCUCUGUGCUCAUAAAUAAAGUUAAAUGAACCAA